AUGAAAAGGGCAAAUCAGACUCAAGAAAAGGAACUAAUUGCAAUUCACCAAGCUUCUUCCUUGGUUAUUGCCGGAAGCAAAAUGGGAUUGAAUAACCAAAGCUCUGCCUCUACCUCUUCUCAACAAGAUAUAUUGGUUCAAGACCACCAAAUCACUAAGAUAACAAUAAAUGAGAGCAACUCUCCUCAACUGUUGAUGCAGCCUGGUGUUACUUUGUCAUGUAAAAAAUUUGAGGAGCUCAACAUGGAGGGGGAAAUUGUGGUAGAAUUUAGAGCGGAGCUUGAGUUUGAAGCAAAUGAACCAAAAGAAGCAACUGAGGAAGUCUGUAAGGAGGUGGAACUAACCAAAGGAAAUUUACAACAAAUUCCAAGGAAGAAGAAGAAAGGGAAAAAGAGAGACUCAAAGUCCAAGGUGGCUGAGCACCUCUUUCUUGGAAAAAUCUAA